CUUCCUUUCUGGAAGAAGCGUGAUAGUAGCCGUGCGUGGCUCCGGGCUGCCGGAGGAACUCGCGGUGAGACGCUGUGUCCGGGAGCUGGCGUAGCUGUGAGGUUGUCUGCUGCGUGAGGGAACUGGGGAUUGUAUGUGUGUGGAGUGUGCUUCCCCUGUACUUCGCACUGGACCAUGCCCAAGAAGAGAGGGAAGCAUGCUGAGAUGGGGAUGGAAAUGCAGGUGCAGUCCAAACGAGCAAAGGUAGAAACAGAUUGUUCACCAUCAGUCAUGGAUUUUGAGAGCCCAGAAAGCCUCUUUGCAAGCCUGAUCUCUCCCAUCAAACCAGAGGUGUUUUUCAAGGAGUACUGGGAAGAAAAGCCACUGCUUGUUCAGAGAAACAAUCCCCUACUGGCUGCUUACUACCAGUCCCUCUUCCAGCUGUCGGAUCUGAAGGAGCUGUGCAGCCAAGGGCUGUACUAUGGGCGUGAUAUAAAUAUCUGCAGAUGUGUGAAUGGAAAAAAGAAGGUUUUAAAUAAAGAAGGCAAAGUGAAUUAUGCACAGCUGAAGAAGGACUUUGACCAGAAGAAGGCAACCAUGCAGUUCCAUCAGCCUCAGAGGUUUAAGGAGGAGCUGUGGAAGAUUCAAGAGAAGCUGGAGUGCUACUUUGGGUCUCUGGUUGGAUCAAAUGUCUAUAUUACUCCACAGGGGUCCCAGGGCCUUCCCCCUCACUAUGAUGAUGUCGAGGUGUUCAUCCUCCAGCUGGAAGGCGAGAAGCAUUGGCGGCUCUAUAAACCAACGGUGCACUUAGCUCGGGAGUAUAACGUGGAAUCAGAAGAUAGGAUUGGGAAUCCCACACAUGAAUUUGUAUUAAAGCCAGGUGACCUACUGUACUUCCCAAGAGGGACAAUUCACCAAGCUGACACACCUCCUGGGAUACCUUACUCUACACACGUGACCAUCAGUACCUACCAAAACAACUCCUGGGGAGACUUCUUAUUGGAUGCAAUUCCUGGCCUUGUAUUCAGUACUGCAAAAGAGGAUGUGGCCUUGCGGACAAGCAUCCCAAGGAAACUGCUUAUGCAGGUGGAUAUAGCAGACUCAACAAAAAAACUGAGUAGCAUUCUGAGAAUGCUUGCGGACCGUCUGGAAAACACCGGAGAACUGAGAUCGUCUGACAUGAGGAAGGAUUUCAUUAUGAACCGUUUGCCACCUUGCUUGGGAUGUGAUUCUGACUCUUUAACUCCAGGUGGAAAAGUGCCAAAAUUAGACAGCAAAAUCAGACUGCAGUUCAGGGAUCAUGCUGUAAUUACAGUGGAGCCAGAUCAAGAGAAUUCUGAUGAAAUUCGCAAGGAAAUGGUGUAUGUCUAUCAUUCCUUAAAGAACCGGAGAGAAACUCACAUGAUGGGGACAGAAGAUGACGAUACCGGUAGCGAAGAAGGUGCAGCACAGCAAACUCCUCAUGGACUGCGCUUUCCUCUGUCAUAUCUGGAUGCACUGAAGCAGAUUUGGAGUGGCAGCACUGUCAGUGUGAAAGAGCUCAAACUUACCUCAGCUGAAGAGAAGGAAAACCUGGCGUUAGCACUGUGGACCGAAUGUCUAAUAGAAGUUUUUUAAUGCUUCUGUGAGUUAGUUCCUUAUGGAAGCUCUUAAGAGAAAGGUUUACUAAUUCAUUUUAUUUUUUUGCAUCCAACCUUAGUUUGUACUGCCAAUGGUGUGUUGCAAUAUAAAUACACUUUGCUACUGUCUGCUGCUCAGUGUUCUUCUGGCUCCCUUACUGCUGUGGGUAAGUGGGUGUCUCAGCAACAGGUGAGCUGCUCCGCAAUGAUGAGCAGAACAGCUCAUCUUGCCUUUAAUUGCCACAUUAGUGCUACUCCUUGAAAAAAGAUCUUCACAUCUCUUGAGUGGAUUCUGAUGGGAGUAUUGCAGAUAUUUGGAUGCUGUAAGAUCCACAUUUAACGAGCAACCCAACAUAGCAGCAUUGUUAAUGAAUAUACACCCUUAUUAUUUCCCUUUUUUGGCCAUUUGAAAAUAAAUGCUUUACAGGCAUGUACUUGGUAUCUGCUAGCAAAGAAGAAACCGACAAGCAAAAGAUUCCUCCUCAAAAUUUUUAUACAAUUAAAAUAUACAUGCUUGGCAUUUUACAUGGAAGAUCUCUGAAGUACAAAGGCCUGAUUUGCUUGGUUAUGAAGCACUGGGACAACAUCCCACGUGAUUUAGGUGCUCUUGGCCUGAAAGACCAGAACCCUUCCAACCAGGCUUUGAAAUCGCAUACGGAAGGCGUCACAUGGAGAAUGCUCGAUAUACUGAUUUACAUUAAAAAAGCAGGACAAGUGCUUUAGUUGUAGAAAUAUAUACAUACAUCUGGAGUUCCGUAACAGCAGAUUUAUGAUAAUUUUAGAAUGCAAAAUAGUAAGUGCAAGUACACAGGUAUUUUUUCAUUUUUAAAUAGUACGCUAUAGAACUCAAUUUCGUACAAAAAUAGACAUCCAUAUAUUUUAUUUCUGUGGCAAACAGGGUUGUGUGUUUCUAUUUAAGGUCAAAUCCUGUUUAAGUGCACGGGAAUGCUUAAUGCUUUUGGAAACUACAAUUCCCUAGCUCAACUCCUUAAAUAGAAACACGCACCCCGAAUAAACAAAUAAGGAAAGAAAAUAUGACCUAUUCAAUGAAGUAGGUUCAUUUAGUGACACAGAAAUUCAAUGGAGAUAGUGGUGAGCUGAGGACCACCACUUCAGGUGUUAGCAGCCCUACAGGUAGCUGCAGUUCUUCCUCUGUGUCAGUCCUGCAGGAGGAAGACGUUCUUUUUCAAGCCUGUACCAACUGCAGUGCAGUAAGGGACCGUGCUCUACCUACCGUAAGUGAGGGCUGGUAGGAUGGUUGCAUCUUGCUGACAUUGAGGAAACUGCCAGCACAUUGGGCUGGUCAUCACCGGUCUAACGACUCCUCAUCCUUUGGGCUAAGAGGGACACAGCGAUGAGCCUGAGUGACUUUUAAAUGCAGUUAUGGUGUUCCUGACACAAAGCAGGGCAGAAUGCUGGCUGCUAGCACCUGGUGAGUUAUCUUCUGAAGGAAGACGUGGAUUUAAGACCAAAUUACAUUGUAUUAAAUUAGUCUAUAUACAUGACAACAAAACACAGCUAGAGCAAAAUCAUUACUGCUCUAAAUUCAGUAAAUCUUUUAGAAAUCUGACCUGACCCAGGAUAGCUUAUACUCUGGAUAGAUGCACCUAUGCCUACAAGUUAAAGGUGAUCUUCAGGGAUAACUCACAACUUCAUGGGCUGGAAACAGCCCACGGGUCUGCAAAAGCAAUUCCUUAAACUCAGGAAUUUGGUAUUGCUGAAACAAGUAAGACCAGGGCCCACCUGUAACACCAGGGAGGUAACAGGCUGUCUCUAUCGCCCCAUUUCAUGCACUGAGCUGGGAGUUCCAGUUCAAAUUUGUCUUUUGAACAAAAUAAAUUGCACUUUAGCAAGA